AUGAAAAAAAAUCAAAUAUUUACAAAAAGUAUAAACAUCAUAAGAGAUCAUUAAUAAGAAUAUAAGCCUUCUUAACAUUCAGCAUCAAAAUCAAAAUAAGAAUAAGAAUCAGAUGAGGAGAAUGGAAAUAUGUAUUCGUCCUAAAUAAUGAAAAAGGAUAUUAGGAAAUAGAUUAUUAAGAUUAAGAACAAUAAUUAUUAAGGAAAUAUGUAAAUUCAUUAAUAAUAACCAAAAAAGCAUGGUAUUCUUAAUAUUACCAAAAGAGGUAAAUAUAAAAGAUCAUAAUAUUUUAGAAUCAAUAUAAUAAAAUAUAUAGAAGCCAACAGGAUCAUUUCCAAUAUUUAUUAGGAAUCUAAAAGAAGGAUCAACAUCUAAUGAAUUAAAAUAGUUAAUAAAUGAUGAUUCCAACAUAUUGGGAAUAUAGGUAAUAUAUGUUAUUUAUUUAGAUUAAUAACAAAUAAGCCACUAUUACAUUUUCAAAUUAAUAAUCUGCUGAUUAAGCAAUUGGUUUAUAAUUAUAUAUAUUUUAUUAGAACUUAUAAACAAUUAUAAAGAAAAAGGUUAUUAAAUGAGUGCUGUUCCAAAUUAUCAAUAAUCCAGUAAAGUCAUUGUAUUAGGGUAAUUUUAAUCAGGAAGAGGAUUCAAAGAAGAUGGUAGACUUAGAAUGGAUGCAAAAGAAUCGAUUUUUGAUAGAAUACAAACCAAAAAAUAAUGAU